AUGAAACAAUUUUACCACGGGGAAAAUAAAACUUCUGGGGCAUCGUCUGACAGGGCCAACAAGACACUCAGCCAAGAUGAAAUAGCUGGGGUUCCUUUAACAGGGUGGAAAGCAGAAAGCGCUGGCUCACCCGAACAACAACGAAGCAUAUCAUAUCGUGAAGCAAAAAAUGGAAAUGUUAUCCCCCCCUCUAUAGCCUCCAACAGUGAUAACAAAACAGGCUCAUCACGCAGCUGCUGGAGUUACUCCCCCCCAGACUUGAACGCACAAAAAAAUAAACAAACACAUAUGCAUGAUAAUCAUAUAGCAGAAACAAAAAAGGCACACACACCUAUAAGCACCCCUCUGCGUAUAUGCUUGGUAAAACGGUUAAACGGAAAGGUUGAACAAAUUCACAUGAAGGAUAUACACACCGCCUUCCCCAACUACAUACCAUAUGAGAGAAACGACAACAGCGCAUUCCUCUCGUCAGUCUUUAGCUCCUCAGAAGACAAGGACAAAACCCAAGGCAAGGUAGGAGACAUUUCAAACCUCCCUGUGGUGUAUCAAAAUGUGGAACUCAACUUGGAUCUGGUGAAAAAAUGCAGACAGGCAUCCACAAGUAGGAAGGCCUUCUCCGAUGCCAAACGUUGUGCUAAGAUCAAACUGCCUAUUGGGACAACCCCGUCCCCAAGUCAAACGGGCAAUUUCAGUUGCAACAACACCAUUUAUAAUCCUUCUGGUUGCCACCCGAGCAACGGACUAAGAUCCACCUCACAGAAACGAACCUUCUCAAAUGUACAAACAUGGAAUAGCGCCACACGACAGGGAUCGAACUUUUUUUCUUGUGGCCAAAGUCCCAUUAGGAGGUUUCAGUCUGCUCAGCACCCUCAGAACGAAACCACGUUGUCACUUUGCUCACCACAAGUGGUUGCUUCGAAACGGGAUGCCACGCCCCAAACGAGUUUACUAAAGCCAUACGCCAUGCCCAUGCUGUUAAAGCACUCUACAAAUAUGAUCCUGAGCCAGUUAAAAAAGACCAAAGGCAACGAGAGGACCCACGCUAAGGGAACAAGUACGACGAUAAAGAACAAGGAUAAGCAGAAAGAGGUACAAUUUGGUCCAAGUGCAUUUUCAAAAAAACAAAUAGAUAACCAACCUAUUGUUGAUGGCCAAAUAGACAAAGUGGAGUAUCCUCGCAGCAAUGGCUCCUUUAAGGACUACCACCAAGUGGUGGCAAGCAGCCACUCGUGUAGUAACUCUCCAGUGGGAUGCAAAAAGGAAGAUUUGACCCUUCAGAGGAUGCUUGCGAAGACAACCAAAGUAAAAUCAAUAGAAAAGGAAAAGUACAUAGAAAAGGUAAACUCAUACAAAGUGAUAUACCAAAGCGACGACUUUGUCAGCAUCUACCAAAACAGAGGAGACAAAAUAAUUAAUGAUCACUGCAUUGAUGUGUCCACAUUGCUAUGUAUCCCUGGCUAUGCUGGGGGUUACCUAUGUGAGUCAAAUUCGACCAUUAAUCAGUCCCAUGCUAAUGGAAAAGAAAACUCACAAGAGGAAGAUACAAAAGGAAGUGGAAGCGUAGCCUCUGCUAGAAGCUUCACUGCACACCCAAAACAAGAAGAAGACAAACUUUGGAUAGACCCCAAUGUCGACCUUCUAAAUGAAGACCUAAUUUUAUAUCAUCUUAGAAAAGCUAUAAACAGCUCACUCACACUUAACGUCGAUUUGCAGUACCUGGCACUUUUGAACAAACGCCUGAAGAACAGAGAUUCGGUAGGAAACUCUUUGUGGGGUCCGAGGGGAAACCUGUCCCCACAGUACAAACUAAACUGA